AGCAGGCGGCUCCGGAGCGGGAGCGGGAUCGGGAGCGGGCUGUGGAACGGGAGAGCCGCCGGAGCAAGAGCAGGAGCAGGAGCGGGACGGGCAGCGGCGCAGAGAGGUUAUCAGGAGCGUUUAACCAGGCUCACCUCCCAACUUGCCGUUUGCACUGGAGAGGCGUGUUGACAUGAAAAGUAAGGAAUUGUAUUAGCAAACACUGCUCGGCGCUGGGGCAGGCAGGCGUUGCACAAGUACAGGCAUCUGCUGGGAUUGUGGCAUGUUAUUUGGAGCUUUCAGCAAGACACUUGCGCUGCCGUGAGGCUGGGAAGGCUGUCACUACUGCAGGAGGUAAAAUAAGAACAUGGCAUGAUGUCCUUUGGAAAAGGAGCGAUGGCAGCCAUCAGGAAGAAGCUGGUGAUUGUGGGAGAUGGUGCCUGUGGAAAGACGUGUCUGCUGAUCGUGUUCAGCAAAGACCAGUUCCCCGAGGUCUACGUGCCCACCGUGUUCGAGAACUACAUUGCUGACAUAGAGGUGGAUGGGAAGCAGGUGGAGCUGGCGCUGUGGGACACAGCAGGACAGGAGGACUACGACAGGCUGCGGCCGCUCUCGUACCCGGACACAGACGUGAUCCUCAUGUGCUUUUCCAUCGACAGCCCGGACAGCCUCGAGAACAUCCCUGAGAAGUGGACACCGGAGGUGAAGCACUUCUGCCCCAGUGUGCCCAUCAUCCUGGUGGGGAACAAGAAGGACCUGCGGAACGACGAGCACACGCGGCGGGAGCUGGCCAAGAUGAAGCAGGAGCCGGUGAAGCCAGAGGAGGGAAGGGACAUGGCCAACAGGAUCAAUGCCUUUGGGUACCUCGAGUGCUCGGCCAAGACGAAGGAGGGGGUGCGGGAGGUGUUCGAGAUGGCCACGCGCGCCGGCCUGCAGGUGCGCAAGAGCAAGAGGCGCAGAGGCUGCCCGCUGCUGUGAGCGGCCCCGGCGCCGUGCCCUGCCGGGGAGGGAGCGCUGACAGCCCGGCCAGCACCUCCUGGUGCCGCUACCUGCCCCGAGCCCUUUGCACCAGAGCUGCCACCCACGCCCGCGGGGUGUCCCUGUGCCGUGAGGGGCCAGUGCCUUCAGAACCUGCUGCUCUCCGUGGGCCGGCUGCUCCUGUUGCUCUCCGUGCCCCCUGGUUUGUACUGAGCUCCCUGGUUUGCCUUUCCCGUGGGCAUUGCUGGGGUGUUUGCUCUCCUCGCCCAGCUCUGGGCAGGUGCCACAGAGGCAGGAGGUGCCGGUCACAGCUCACGUGCGGGCUCUGCCAGGCCCUUGGUGUGCUUUGCCCGCUCUCCUUGCCCGUGCAGGCAGCACACAGCAGCCUCACAGACUCGCCCAGGCAGCCUUAGCCCUGUCUGUGAGCAGAGCUGGGCUCAGCUGCUGCCAGGAGCUCUCCUCCGGGACGUGUGCCCAGCUCUGCCGGUGCCGCCGCCUCCGAGUCUGCCUCGGUCACGGACUUGGCAGCACUAAACCCAACUGCAUAAUUGGGAGAAUAAAUGCAAACUGGUAUUUUAGUAAUUGUAA